CCUUCUCAUCACCGGGCUGAUCUCCCCACUCAACCAUCCUCACGUCCCCCUUCCCACCUCCCUCCUCUCUCUCUCUCUCUCCGCACUCUUUCCUAAACUGCAGGCCUAUGAGCUCCCACUAUAUCGUCCUAUGAUGCGCUCCAUGAGGCCAUGCCUCUCCACGCUCUCCCCCUCUUCCCCUCUCCUCUCCCCCCACCACCUCCUCUCCUCCUUCCCUUCCCCCUUCUCCUCCCUCUCCCUUCUCCGCCCCCGCCGCUCCCCAGCCUUCCGGCCCCUCUCAUCCCUCCGGGAGACGAAGAAGGCCACUCUUCGCAAGGCCUCCAACGUCCCCCAGAACCUCAAGUUUGACGGACGGAAGAGGAGGGACGAUGGGUCCGUCUCGGAUGACGGCGAGGGGGAGUUGGGGGGAGAGACCGCCGUGAAGGGCACGCUUCUCGCGGGGCUUCUGCUGGUUGGGGUCAUUGGAGGGUUCGGGACGGUGGGGUACGUCUACAAGGAUCAGAUCAAUGCUUUUCUCACCCAGUUCUCGGAUUUCAUCGAAGGUUAUGGCCCUGUUGGAUAUGCCUUAUUUGUGCUUGUUUAUGCUGGAUUGGAG